UCAUCCGCUCUAAUUGCGCUUCACCACACUACACGCCAUUUCUUUCUCUUACAUUUUCUCUGCAAUUAAUUCCAAACCCUAACAACUGGUCCACAGCCACCGAGCAAUGCCACCCCUCAUUGAUCACCGCCAUCGGAACUAGAAAACCGGGCAAUGGAAUUUUUAUCCGGUGAGGGAAUGACAAUCGCGAGAGUUUGUCGGUUCUGGUGAUUAAGAGAGGAAAGAAACGAAGGGUUGUCGUUGAGAGGAAAAGGAGAGAAUCAACAAGUACGAAAGAAAAAAGGAGGAAAAAAAUUAAUUUAUAUUUUGGCGUAGUAUGUGUGAUUUGGUGGCCCGCACUGGUAGGCAUCAGCAACGGUACGAGGCCGGUUGUCGCCUAGUUGCCGGUCAUUUUCAGAUGGGGCAAUGUGUUCGAAGUUGGUGAUUCGAUUAAACGGGUGUAUUCCAUUUAGGCAUAGAAAUUCAGAAGGGAGUGAAGAUGCCAAUACUGGGAAGAUUGUCGAGGUUCUUAUGAUUAACUCAACAAGUGGACCAGGUCUUUUGUUUCCAAAGGGAGGCUGGGAGAACGACGAAACUGUUCAGGAGGCUGCAGUAAGGGAAGCUCUUGAAGAGGCUGGAGUUCGGGGGGAGCUAAUGGAUUUCCUGGGGUAUCAUCAAUUUAAGAGUAAAACCCAUCAGGAUGAGUUUUGUCCAGAAGGUCUAUGUAAAGCUGCAAUGUUUGCUUUGUUCGUUAAGGAGGAGCUUGAGUCAUGGCCAGAGAUGAACACCCGAAAGAGAACUUGGUUGACUGUACCAGAGGCAGUGGAUAGUUGUCGGCAUGCAUGGAUGAGGGAUGCCCUGGAGAAUGGCUUCUCCAAAUGGUAUGCAGAGAGAAUGAUGACUGCAGGGGAGAACAUUUCUGUGGAACAUUGACUACUUCCUGGGGUGUGCAGUGCAUAAAGAAACAGCCAACAAGGCUUGACCGAUGCGCGCAAGCAAGUACCAGAGAGUUAUCUUGGGGGCACUUUUAUUUUGAUUGGUCAGUGAAGUAACAGACCAGUGGCAACCGAAUUGCAUUUACCUAGAUACUAUUUCUCUAGCUUAUUUUUUCUCUUCUUAUGAAUUUACCUCUCUGACAUGUUUUAAUCCAGAGGGCAUCUAAAAUUUUAGUGAGUCACAUUAGAUUAAAUUUUGGCCUCCGAUUGGCUCCUCUCGAUGAUGUCUAUUGAUAUGCGUAACCCUUUCAUUUGCAA